AUGUCAAUGAUAGUUUUAUAUGUAGUGUUUUUCUUUCUGCGUGGCUGCAGUGCCGUUAUCUACAGUUUAAACAGUAGCGAGUACAGCCGAAUGCCACCACUAUACGGCCUCGAUGACUUCGACACUUGUAUGCUGGAGCCCGGUGGCACAUACUGUCUAGUCGACGUGGAUCUGUUCUCGGAGAGACCUUCGGACCUGAUGCAUCUCAUACAUGAAUACUCAGCAAAUGUAAAGAAACAUUACAACCAUUCACAGAUACACAGAGGAGUGUGUGUAACCAAAAGCUGUAGACAUUUGAAUUAUACAUGGGACCUAAAUGUGACCCUUGAGGUAUGCCUGAACGAAUCCAUUUGGAAAGACUACAAUAUACAAGCGAAACUAAAUCAUAUACACUAUUGCAAAAGGGACAUUGACCAUGUAGUUUUGGAUAUGAGUGACUUUGUUGUGAUCAUUGUUUAUAUGGUCUUAAUUGCACUCAAUAUUAUAGGAAGUUUAUACGAUGUCCUCUUCUGUCAUGAAAAUAGCAAAUCAGGUAAUCUAUAUGUACUCUCGUUUUCUCUACGGCGGAAUUGGGAAAAAUUAGUGGCGCCAAGUGGUGUCGGGACAGACCAUAGACUGCAGAAGCUGAAGUCAUUUCAUGGUUUGAGGGCGAUGACGAUGGUGUGCGUUAUAUUUUCACAUGUGGUGCUCAUCAUGGCAUAUGCUUAUAUAGACAAUACACUGUAUAUUGAGAAGGCAUACGAAGAUCCGAUUAAACAGAUCCUCUUUAAUGGUCAACUGGUCGUUCACACUUUCUUCGUGAUGUCAAGCUUCCUCUUGGCGUACAACUACGAGAUCAAUGCAGAGAAACAUAAGGUCUCAUGGUGGCACUUUCCUAAAGGAUUGCUAUUGAGAUGGGUCAGGUUAACUCCAACGUACGGACUCAUGCUGGCCACUAUUUCCACAUUAAUGAGACACAUCGGCAGUGGACCGAUGUGGGACUUAGUGGUGACCAGCGAAUCCAACGCCUGCCGCCAGUACUGGUGGGCGCACGUUUUAUACAUACAAAACUAUAUCUACGAUGACAAGCUUUGUGUCCCAGUAAGUUGGUAUCUAGCGGCAGAUACGCAAUUGUUCUGCGUUGGUCUACUGAUUUGCAUAACGUGCAGAACGAUGCGGACCAAGAAGGCAGCUCUCGUAACCUUGUUCUUACUCUCGCUGGUCAUUACAUCCAGUGUCACCUAUUUCCUAAACCUAGACGCCGUCGUUAUACAAUCACCGGAAACAUGCCGAAACUUAUAUGUAUUGGACUAUACUUUCAAUUAUAUAUAUAUACCUGGUCACGCCAAUCUCUCCACUUACAUCAUGGGCCUCAGUGGCGGCUUCCUUGCUUACCAUUGGCAGGACGAGGGAAAGAAUUUGGAUAAAUAUAAGAAAUACCAAUGGGUGAUUUGGUUGAUGUUUCCAAUCGCAGUCCUCGUGGUCCUCUCCGGGGGGAUCUUCUAUCUAAGUGAAGACAACAUGAUCCCGACAGCGUUCAAAGUGUUGUACGCGACCCUGUACAAGCCGCUGUUUCAGUUGUUAAUAGUUACCUUCAUCAUAAGCUGCGUAUUUAAAUUAGAAUCGUGCUAUCGCAAGAUCGUGGAGUGGCGUGGCUUCACGUGGGCCGGUCGUCUCUCUUACGGCACAUAUUUAGUGCACACUCUCGUCAUAAAAGGCCUGAUUGGUGCCCAGACUCUCCCUACACACAUGACAGAUUAUUACGUGUUGGUAGUCUUAGCUGGGUCAGUGCUGCUGUCUUUCCUGGCGGCGGGCGCGCUGUGGCUGUGCGUGGAAGCGCCGGUGGCCGGCCUCGUGCGCGCCGCGCUCGCGACGAGCGGGGGGCAGCGAGUGGAGGGGCAAUAA